GAUGCAAAUCAUUCAUUCAAAUCUAUACAGGAAUGCAUAAAAGACCACAGAAUCAAACAUUUGUCAUGGCUAUACAAGGUCACUAACCUAACCCGCGUAAAGACAAUUUUAAACCCCACUGAGAAACUAUGGAGAGAUCUGAAGAGGAGAGUCCACAAGAGAGAACCAAAGACCCUGGAGGAUCUGGAGAGACUGUGUAUUCAGGAAACAUCUCAGAGUCCUUGUUCUGUGUUCUCCAAUCUCAUCAAGUAUUAUAGAAGACACAUUGCUGUUAUAUUGGGAAAGGGAGGUUUGCACAAAGUGCUAAAAUGCAAUGGGUUUUUUUUUGUAGCCCUAGAAUAAAUUUGCUUUUGGGCCGCAUGGUGGCACAGCGGGUAUCUUUGCAUUAGUUUAAUAGCUUAGUUUGUGCAGAGUUUCUGUGUAUGUGGGAUUCCUCUAGGCUGUCCAGACCACCUCCCAAAAACAUUCAGACUAGGUAUUUUACCUGUGCUAAACUGCCCCUAGGUGUGAAUGAUUAUGUGAAUGUGUGUGUGCAUGUUGCCCUGCAAUGGCCUGACAUCUUCCAGGGUGUAUCGCCGCUUCACAUCCAGUUUUUCCAGGAUAGGCUCCAGAUCCAUUGCUACCCUGAACAGAAUAAGUAGUUACUAAAAGUGAGUGAGUGAAACUUCAGUUAAAGGUAAGGUUAGCCUUCUGUCAUAUUUUCAGUGUGAUACUGUGCUAAUUAACCACAAAUACAUUUUAAUACCCUAUUUUACCCAUCUUUACCAAAGGAGCCAAUAAUUCUGGAGCUGAUUAUAUAUGUGUAUAGUGUCAGGUCCAUAAGUACAUGGACAGUGACACAAUUUUUGUAAUGUUGCCUCUGCAUAUCACCACAAUGGUUUGAAAUCAAGAUAUCACUGAAGUGUAGACUUUCAGCUUUAUCAAUGGGUUUAACAAAAAUAUUGCAUUAACUGUUUAGGAAUUACAGCCAUUUUUUACAAGGUAUUGUCUUUACUUCCUUUUGCUUCCCAGUGAAACACAAGCUGCACAUUCCAGCUUCCAACUCCAUUAAAAGCGGGAUGUCUAGCUUUGUGUAGGACUGAGACAACAGCUAUUCCUGUGUUCCUUAGACCCAUAACAGCCAGUCUGGACAUACAGAGAAAGGCAGGAAGAAAUGCUACAGAUUCUGUCCCUCCUGAGAACAUCAGGACUGAAGCUGACCUCUCUGAGAUCACUCUUCCCACAUUACUGUAGAGGAUGAUCUUUAAAUGGUACUACAAGCGAAUGCAUGAGCUGUGGGUAUGGUAGGCUUGGCAUGCAUGGGAACAUUUCUGUGGUCUGUUUUUUUUAUGCUUGUUAGUUAAUGUAACACUGCUUGCAAAUUCAGCCUAUACUGUCAUACAGUGAUUUUUGAGAAGUGAAAAACUGUAGAAAAUGGGAAAGAAUUGGAGUUCUGUGGGUUUUUCGGCUUUGCCAUAGAAGACUUGACCCCCAUACUGAAGAUCCAAGAGUGAAGUAUACAAGAAAUGAAUAAUAAAAAAAAGGUAAAAUAGGGAAUUUUAAAUCCAUAUUAAUGCCAUUGGUUUGGAAUGUUCAAAAAGCACAUUUACAUUUACAUUUAUGGCAUUUGGCAGAUGCCCUUAUCCAGAGCGACUUACAAAAGUGCUUUGAAGUCUAUCAAAUUACAUUCUGAUAUUGGCUCACUAGGUCACAAACUAGGAAUACCAUCAGUCCAAAACUUUUUUCUUGUAAGUGCUAACUUAAGUACUUUAUGAAGAGGUAAGUCUUUAGACGUCGUUUGAAGACUGCCAGUGACUCAGCUGUUCGGACAUCUAGGGCAAGUUCAUUCCACCACCUUGGUGCCAGAAAAGAGAAGAGUCUCGAUGCAUGCCUUCCUUGUACCCUGAGAGAUGGUGGGACCAGUCGAGCAGUGCUAGAGGAUCGGAGGGAGCGUGGUGCCUCGCGAGGUGUGAUAAGUGCUUUGAGAUAAGUGGGCGCUGGUCCGUUUUUGGCUGUGUAGGCAAGCAUCAGUGUUUUAAAUCUGAUGCGGGCAGCUACAGGAAGCCAGUGGAGGGAGAGCAUAGCAAUGGUGGUGUGGGAAAAUUUAGGAAGGUUGAAAACCAAUCGUGCAGCUGCAUUUUGGAUCAGUUGCAGAGGACGAAUGGCCUGCCAGGAGUGAUUUGCAGUAGUCCAGUCUUGAAAUGACAAGGGACUGAACAAGCACCUGUGUGGCCUGUGUGGAAAGAAAUGGACGAAUUAUUCUGAUGUUAUGAAGGAGAAAUCGACAUGAUCGUGUCAGAUAAGCAAUGUGAGAGGAGAAGGACAGUUGAUUGUCCAUGGUUACCCCAAGGUUGCGUGCAGUAAAUGAAGGCGAGAUCAGAGAAUUGUCUAGGGAGAUUGCAAGAUCCUGAGAUGGGGAUGAAUCACCUGGGAUGAACAGCAGAUCAGUUUUGGUGGGAUUAAGUUUCAUCUGAUGAGCUGUCAUCCAUGAUGAGAUGUCUGCCAGACAUGCCGAUAUCCGAGCAGAAACAUGAGUGUCUGAGGGAGGGAAGGAGAGGAUGAGUUGAGUGUCAUCUGCAUAGCAGUGGUAUGAAAACUCAUGUGAGGAUAUGACUGCACCAAGAGAUUGAGUAUAGAGGGAGAACAGGAGAGGACCAAGUACUGAGCCUUGUGGAACACCAGUGGAGAGUCUGCGAGGAGCAGAUGUGGAUCCCCUCCAUGUUACCUGAUAUGACAGACCUUGCAGGUAGGAAGCCAACCAUUGCCAUGCUGCACCACGAAUUCCUAGGCUCAUGAGGGUCGACAAGAGAGUCUUGUGGUUCACUGUGUCAAACGCUGCUGAAAGGACAAGGAGGAUGAGGACUGCAGCAUGUAGCUUCUCAGUGACGGCCAAAAGGGCAGUCUCUGUGGAGUGUGCCGGUUUGAAGCCAGACUGAUUGGGAUCUUGGAGGUUGUUCUGUGAGAGAUAGCAAGACAGCUGAUGGUAGACUGUUCCUUCAAGGGUUUUAGAAAGAAAAGAGAGAAGUGAUACCGGUCAGUAGUUGCUGAUGUCAGAGGGAUCUAGAGUGAGUUUCUUCAGGAUGGGAAUAACUUUUGCUCUCUUGAAUGAGGUUGGUACAUGACCAGAUGUUAUGGAGCCAUUGAUGAUAGUGGUGAGAGAUGAGAGAUGGUCUGGAGCAUUGUGAAAGGGAUUGGAUCCAAUGGGCAGGUGGUAGGAUUGCAGGAUAAGAUGAUUUGCAGGAUCUCUUCUGUUGUUAGUUUAGAAAACUGUAUCAACAAAUCAGAAGGAGAAUCCUCAGUGUGUAGUGUAGGAGUAGGGGUAGAAGUGAAUGUCUAGCAGAUUUUUCUAGUCUUCUCAUCAUAAAAAGUGGCAAAGUCUUCAGCAGUCAGGGAGGAUGGAACAGGAGGAGUCGGUGGUUUGAGUAGUGAAGAAAAGAUGUUGUGGAGCUUUUGAGGAUAUUGUGCAGAGGAUUCCAGCUUUUCUUUGUAGAAGGCAGUCUUAGCAGAAGUCACUUCAGAUGAAAAUUUGGACAGGAGAGCAUGGUAAGAGACACAUGUAGGUGGAUGGUCAGGUGUUCACAUACUGUAUACAAUAUUUUGGCCAUAAAGUGUUUAUCCAGAAGUGGUGGUUUUAGAUACAUCUGUCACCUAUGAGGCAGACUAAUUCUAACCUAUAUUUAUUUUCCAUCUUUUCUUUAGUUAGCAGCUUUAUGGCCCCAUGUUUAAGGUAAGGGCUGGUAACAUGUAGAGCAUUUCACUAUGUAGUGUGGAGCUGCAGGAGGAAUGGAUGAGAAAGGAUGAUAAGUUCCCUUCCAGAGUAGACAUGACUGCUUGGACUGAAUAUUGAGAUAUGAAGGGCUUAGCCUAUGGUCCUGUGUGUGUGUGUCUCUGUGUGUUUGUUAGUUGUACAAAUUUUCCUAUUUAUAACAGUGCAAUUCAUUCUGGACUGCUUAAAAAAAAUUGAAGUGAUAGAUACUUAAAUGAAGAGCUUUAUCUCUGAGAGUUACAAAUCACAGAGACUGGACUUGUUAAAACAAUAUUACAUGUUUUAAAAUACAUUUAUAUGGAGUGUCCACCAUAUAUGUCCAUAUGUAUGAACAAUCACAUUAAUAUAAACCUUGCAGCUGAACUCUUAUCAGAGUUGCAGUAAAAGAAAAUUAAUCAACACCUUCUGACCCAUCAGAAUGGAGAAUUUAACAGUGCUGUGAUAUAAGCAUGUUUACAUUCUACAUAAGUAUUAUACUAUAUAAUAGCCUUAACAUGCAGUUGUUUCCAUUACAUUUCACCAUUUAUUGUACAAUGCAGAGUUGUACUCAAAUCAUAUGCUAGGCAGUUUAGACAUUUACCAUAAAUGGAAAUGUCACUUACUGUUUGAAUAUAGUACUUUAUUGUAUUAUUUUAUUAAUUUUAUUAAUACUAAUUUAUUAUUAUAUUUAGAAUGUACCCAAUUGUUACUAUAAAUGGAUGUCUUUUGUCAGAAAGUGAUGUCAUCAUUGGAGGACAUUUUUUCUCUAUGGUCACUGUGCAUUGAGGUCUUAUUACCAAAAUGAUGCAUAUUGUUACUCAGACCUCAGAUGUAACUACAUACAUAGGCAAUACUUAAUCAAUUGUGUGUGAGAUGUGCCAGCAAUAUGUAACAAUUUUGUGUGAUUCUGACCUUGAAUUUAAUCCUGUUUUUCUUGUAUGAUAUCAGCAUGAGUAAAAUACUCAAAAUAGCAUAAUGAAAGCAGUCCACUUUAUCAGUCUGCAUUUUCUCUCAAUCAAUUUUUUUAGGCUUAAAGGAAAGUGCUUAACUUUUCUUUAAGUGCAUAACUUUAUAGACAUUAGCAUAAAGAGUAUAUAUUCCUGUCCCAAAAGCUACAUACUAGAAAAAUCAGACAACAUAGGAGAUUUGAAGUGCACACAAAAAAAUUAUUGUAGGGUGCAUGGGGCAAUUAUAAAAUUCAAGUUAAACACCUGUAUAACCCAAGUCUGAAUACAGAAAAUUUUCCACGUGGAAACAUUGAUGUAAAAGUCAACUCCGAAUAUGUACUGUCCAUAGUAAGAUAUAUUUAAUAUUUUAAUAUGUCCUCCAAUCUGAUCAGAAAUUCACAGUGUUUUUGUUUUUAUCACCUAGAUAUUAAAGUUGUUUUAAGUGAAGCUGGAUGUCAGCAGUAGGUCAAUGUAAUCAACUGCACGUUGCUUGUGGCAGACAGACCAGGCAGUUUUCAUUUUCUGGAGCAGAAGGAUUUAUCCACUUAGAGCCACUCUAAGAAGGACAAAGGCCUUGUGAAUGAAAACAGACAAUGUCAUGAUGAUGAUGAUGGGUUCAUUUUGAGUCUUCUUCCUCUAAAGAUUUCUUACUUAUUCCGUUUCAGGGAGUUUCUCAUUGUCACUAUCACCUCUGGCUUGCUCAAUAAGGAUUUAUAUAUUCCCAAUAUAAAAAAAGCUUCUUUGUAACAAUGACACUUGUUAAAAGUGCUGAACAAAUAAAAUUGAACUGAACUGAAUUGAAUUUGUGUUAUAUAAUUUUGCAUUUCAAACAUUUAUUUAAGGAAUACAGCAAUUGCCUUUAGACUUCUGACAUAAGUGAGUUGAGUACCCAGAUUUUCUAUUGUUUUAGUCAUGGAAAAAUGCCUCAGGAAUGUUGAGUGCAUAGGGCUAGAGACCCAUCCAGCAAGCCAGGCACAAACAUAGAAGGUGGACAGUAGACAUGAUAAGGGGUCCCAAUGAUCAACCUCAACAUGAUGUCUGGUUGUCAACCCAGGACCUCAGUCUCAGGUUUCCAUGUUGUAAGCACAGCCUCAAAUAUAUAAAAUAUAUCAAAUCAAUCCAGUGAUGUAGCCUCCAUUUUAUGGAAUCUGAUCUGUAAUUCAUAUUUCUCUUCUCAAACCAGUGGUUUCUGGUCCCUAUCUGAUAUGCAGCCCCCAGAGAUCCUUUCUUCUCCCGGGAAGAAGAUGCUACUUUUGCAUAUACAAUUUACGUCCUACAGCAUUCACCAUGUCAGAGAAGACUGGGGUUGAUUUUGUCUUAUUAACCAACUAUAUGCUUAAUUAAUACAAUGCCAGUUUUUGGUCCUACUUUAAACAAGUAUGAGCUGAACAUGUUGCCUGGAUAAGCCAGCCUGUGUGUGUGUAUGUGUGUGUGUGUGUGUGUGUGUGUGUGUGUGUGUGUGUGUAAAACAGAGAAACAAAGCAACUGAAUGUGUAUACUCUGUUCCUGUUUGGAGGCUAUGAAGUAAAACGACUGAAGCAACAUGCCUCCAUUCCAUUGUUCCAGACACACACUCACUCAGAUGCAAAUGAAUAGGACAUUUGAUGUGAUUUUUAUAAAAGUCUGAAAAUAAGUGGAACCCUGAAAAAUUCUAAUGACAUACUAGUAAAGCCCCAAGCAGAUAUCCAAUCGAGUUUUACAAAAAAGUCGAGUAAAUUUGCCACUCUGCUUCUGCAAAUGUAUAAUAAUGCACUGAAGAUUGGCUGUUUACCACAGACUUUAACUGAAGCCUCUAUAACACUCCUUUUAACACCUGGGAAAGACCUGGUGGAAUGUAGUUCAUACAGAUCCUUCUUGCUUUUGAAUGUGGAUAUAAAGAUCUCUGCAAAACUCCUCCCAACUAAAUUAGAAAAAAAUCACAAAUUCUUGUGAUUUCUACUGAUCAAACAGGAUUUUUGUAAGGCCACAAUUCAUUUUCAAAUACUCUUAGUGUCAUAUACUCACCCUCUCCCUCUGAGCUGCCUGAGGUUAUUAUACUGUAUGUUUGUGUAUAAUAUGUUAUAUACUGUAUGUUUGCGGUAGAGACAGCUUGGAUUGGGUUCAAAAUUUACUUCUAAAGUCUAUGUGACAACCAACAAGAUAAAUUCUGAUUACUUUUCUCUCUCCAGAGCUACAAGACAAGGUCGCCUCCUUAGUCUGGUUUUAUUCUCAAUAGCUAUUGAACCCCUAUCAAUUAUGCCUAAAACAACUACUAACUUUCAAGGCAUAUGGAGGAGGGGAACAGGUAAUGGAGUGUUUGUUAUGCUGACAACCUGUGAUUUAACAAUUCAUAUCAGUUCCAACAUCCUCUAUACCCCAAAUCAUUGACAUAUUAAGAUGUUUUGGUAGGUUCUCAGGUAAUAAAAUUAAUUUUCUCAAAAUGUGUGUUCUUCCUUAUAAGUAACAAAGCCAAGCUUUCUCCCAAUGCCAUAUUACCAUUUUGUUUAUCUUUAUCUGAAUGUGUACCUAGGUGCACAUCCUAGGUGUAUAUUGCUCAAUCAUUUAAAGAAUUUUACUUAAAAAUUACCCACCUCUGUUAGAUAGUAUGACGGCGGGCUGGCAACCCGCGAAAAAAUUUGCACAAUACUCCUCGCACGACUGCUGCCAGGGUGCUGAAUGGACAGCGCCAGUUCAGCACCCCUGUUAUUUUGGACAGCCUGAGAACACGUGGCUGCAAGGCGGAGCGUAGGAGUUCAAUACAGCUGGCAGCCAAUGAUUGCGGUGAUGCUAAUCUACCCUCCAGCAGAAGACUUGAGAGUACAAAAGGGGCCAGCGGCCGCUCUCAAGGCAGACGGUGUAAGGAGAUACCAUAUACUAAUUUUUUCCCUUUCUACUCUCUUCAUAGAAGCCGAUGUCAGCGAGGAUGACAAGCCCAGACUCCCAGUCGCCAAACUUCACCACCAUGCCCUGCACAUCCCACUGCCCUGCUGCUACCUCCAGCGUGCCGCACCCAGCUCUGGGACGACCCAGAGCUUACUCCACUUCACCAGCCACACUCACCCACACAUCCACCUGCUUGCUGCACCUACUGCACAAAUAAAAAGCACACUCCCCUCAACCCUCUGUCUCCUGAUGUCAGUGUUCCGCCCUCCUGUGUUCGCGAGUUGCUACAGGGGUGGAGGAUGCGGGCAUGAAAACAGAUCCCAAACUCAGAAUGGAUACAGUGUGUCAGCAGUUUUUUCAUGGGAAUCUCCAGCAGGGCUGAGGAAAGGACCACCCGCCACUGCAGUCCCCCUCCCCGACCCCUGCCGAGAGGCCCAGCGUCUCCUCACCAAGCUCACCAAGGAUGAUGACGUUGAGGCCUUUCUGCUCACAUUCGAGCCAGUUGCCCAGUGGGAGAUCUGGCCCAGGGAGGACUGGGCCCCUCCCUCCCUUUCUCUCUGGGGAGGCCCAGAUGGCCUACCAAGCACUUCCCCCUGACGAAGCUGCCCAGUAUGACCUCUUGAAAAAGGAGAACCUCGUAUGCUGCGGCCUUUCCCUGACCAGUGCGGUGGCAGAGUUUACAACCAGAAAGACACCACUCUCAGCCAUGUGGAUGUCCUGUUGUGCACCGCCAAAAGGUGGCUACAAACUGAGAUCCUCUCUGCCACCAAGAUCUUCGAGAGGGUGGCCAUGGGCCAGAUCCUGAGGGCUCUGCCGCCCAAAGAGCGAAAGGCCGUAGACAUGCGGGGUGCUGCAGGCCCCGAGAGAUGCUGGAGGCUCUGGAGCGUGCAGGGGCUAUCCUAGACAUCGGUGGAUUUAUACAUUGAUAGACUUUUCACUUUUUGAUAGACAGAUCACCUUUACUGAUCUCUCAGCCAAGUUCCAAUUACUACCUUCUUCCUUCUAUGGAUAUCUUCAAACUCACAAAUUUAUGCAUAAUAAAUGUUCUGAUUUUCCUUUUCUGCCAUCCAGAUCUGUUUGAGAGGAUAUUCUCAAACUAUCUAUGCUUAAAAUGCCAGAACCCAAGGUUUCCCAGCAGAACAUUGCCCAGAGUAUCACACUGCCUCUGUCGGCUUGCCUUCUACACAUAGUGCAUCCUGGUGCCAAAUCUUCCCCAGAAUGCACAGUCGAGAGGAGAAGCAAUACUGCUCCUAAUUACUGAGUGAGAACUUCUACACAGCCAAAUAAUGACCUUUUCUGAUUUUCUUGGGGCUUUGAAGGACAACCCCUACAUGCGGCAUGAGAGUGGACGGGUCUACACACAGUUUGAUUUCCACCCAAGUCCUGGAAAUCACAUCACUUGGUAUGGCAGAAAAUGGAUAAGAGUGGAGAGGACCAGAGAAAAGCAGAUGGUGGAUCUGCACACAGGAACACCUUGGGAAUUUGUCACCUUUACAGCCUUUGGCAGGGACCGGCAAAUCUUCUUCAACAUACUGCAGGAAGCACGAGAGCUGGCUCUGAAGCAGGAAGAAGGCCGCACUGUGAUGUACACUGCUAUUGGUACAGAGUGGAGGCCUUUUGGCUUCCCCCGUCGUCGGCGCCCUUUGUCCUCUGUCGUCCUGGAGAAUGGAAUAGCUGAGAGGAUUGUGGAUGAUGUAAAAGAAUUUAUUAGCAAUCCAAAGUGGUAUAAUGACAGAGGGAUCCCGUACAGACAGGGAUAUUUGUUAUAUGGACCUCCGGGCUGUGGAAAGAGCAGCUUCAUCUACACUCCUGAGCUGCCGGUGAUCCAGACCCCCCUACGCUCUGGACCAGAUGAGCAUCACUCCUGAGCUGCUGGUAAUCCAGACCUCCCCCCCUUCACUCUGGACCUGUCCACCGGCAAUGCUUCAUACUGCCACGAAGACGCUUCAGCUGUUUUCCAUGGACUACACCAACACACAUUGUACACACACACACACACACUACAGUGUAAACCCAUAUGAGGAUGGGUUCUCUGUUGAGUCUGCUUCCUCUCAAGGUUUCUUCCUAUCACCAUCUCAGGGAGUUUUUCCUUGCCACCGUCGCCCUGCUUGCUCAUCAGAGACGUCACACACACACACUUCACUUUACUUUUGUUUGUGUAAAGUAUAUUUAUAUUUAUAUUUAUAUAUAUUAUAAGUAUAUUUGUAUAAAAUGUAUAUUUCAAUGUUCAAGUAUUAAAAUAUACUUUACCAUACCUACCAGGGCAUGGGGAGGCUCACGUUUAGCGGACUUCUUGGAGGACGGUGCAUUAGUAAAAAUAAAGCUUUACACUAAGAUUCCUUUAACUGUAAUUAUUUACUGCAUUAGGUAACAUUUACAGAAUCAUAAACAUAAGCAUUAAAUACACUUAAUGUUAACAGUACAAUUAAGUAAUAUUAACAAUGGUAACGUUAGUUCAAAUGUUAACUAUAUACACCUACUUGCAUAACUAAAUACACUUACUUGCAUUUAUUCCAUCCAUGACAAAAAAGUCCUCAUGAAUUAGCAUUAAUUAAAUUACAGCAUGUUACCAAAUGUUAAUAGUCGGCUAAACAUAGGUCUCUGGGUGUAAAUAUUUGAACCCAGCCUCACUUAUAAACAGCAAACAUUUGUUUUAAAUUAUUCAUGUAAGUUAUUAUUUGGUUUUUUGUCAAUGUGUUUUACUCAUGGAUUAAUAAAUAGGUGUUUCUUGUUUGGCUUAUUUAGUUAAAAAUAUUGAUCAAUACAAGCAAUAAUUACUUUUAUAACUUAUGGCAUUUAGUUCAUUGUUCGAUUGCUACCAAAUGUCGUUAGUUAAGGGAACCAAUGUCACUGCUUUUUCUGUGUAAGGCAGUGAAACUUGUCAUUGCUUUCCUUUCAUUUUGGUUGAAGUUAAUUAUUUUCCUAUAAUAGCAUUCCCCAAAGUGUUAUACCAUAGCUCUGUUGAAUGCAUGAAAAAAGUCUAUUAAAAAAACAGAUUAAGAAACAUGUUAUUUAACUAAUAAAAACCUAAACUCCUUGAUAUGUUGAAGUUUUCUGUAAGCAGAUAUUUAUUUAACAUUUAUGGAAAGAGUCUACAUUGUCAGUGCUUUGUAAAGGUUUUCCACCACAAGAAAGUCUUCAGGACAAAUAAAUGCCUUUUAGCGGAAAGCAGGAAAGCUUUAAAAAAAAGAGUAUACUUUUUUUUUUAAAUAACAGCAUUUUUUUGUUUUAGAUUUGUUUACUAUAAUUAUUAUUACUAUAGAAACAUACUAGAACUAGUGCAUUAAUAUAAACCUGUGAUUUAAAUUACAGUGCUGUGGUAUAGCUACACUUAUCGUACUGUAUGUGGCAUUCAUGCCACUAACACUUUUAGAGUCUAACAGUGUGAAUGAACCAUUUACUGUUUGUUUAGUCUUGACCUACUAUGUUUGCUUUGUUACCUUUCCUUCAUGCACUAAAGACAUGAUCCAGCUCUAAUAAGACCUGAUCGUGUGGAUCUGAAGCAGUAUGUUGGAUAUUGUACACAUUAUCAGCUCACUCAGAUGUUCCGGAGGUUCUACCCACUGGAGUCUGCAGCUGAGGGGGAAAGAUUCGCAGCACGUGCACUGGCAGCACACACAGACCUCAGCGCGGCUCAAGUGCAGGGACAUUUCAUGCUUUAUAAAAUGGACCCUGCUGGUGCUAUAGACAAUGUUGCAAAAAUUUAAGAAUGUAAUGGGAGCAAUGAUAUGAACUACAAAAAUGAAAUAAUGUGUAAAAUGGACAAAUCAGACUUCAAUAGAUGUCAAAGAGGAAGUGAAUUCUGAUGGUGUGUGGCCAUUUUGACAACAUGCACAAUAUUUGAAGUAAAAAAGAAAGCUGUGAAAUUUUUCACUCUUGUAUUUAAAUAUUCAAUAUUCAAAUAAAUCAUAUUUGACAGUAUUUUAAACUGUUACACAGAAACAAGGGAGUAAUGCUGCAGUGUACAGCAUACAUACAGCAGGAUUUUUUCAUCCUGUUUAAACCCAGUCCUACGAUUUUAAUGCGUCAAACAUGCUGGAAAACCAGCCCACUAGACAAGAAUAUGUUCCAGAUAAUCUAACAGAAAUAAAUAAAUCCUAACUGACUUUUACUGUGUAAGCUGACCUUGAGUGUCUUGGAGGGUGCUGAUACAUAUAUUUUUUAAUAAUAAUAAUAAUAAUAAUAAUAAUAAUAAUAAUAAUAAUAAUAAUAAUAAUAAUUAUUAUUAUUAUUAUUAUUAUUAUUAUUAUUAUUAUUAUUAUUAUUACUUUGAGUGUGUUGGAACUUCUAUUCAAAAUAUGCUACUGUGAUUAUCUAAAGAAUCAAAUACCCAUGUUGACUUCCUAUCAUGGCUCAUAAGUGUUGAACACCUACUUCGCACAAGUUGCCACUUUCUGGGCA